AUGGAUUACCGUAUCCCUUUCCCAGUGAAAGUCCUAGUUGUAGACAUGGAUCCUACUGCCUUGGAUGUUCUGACCAGUUAUCUUCUCAAGAAUAACUAUUUAGUGUGCCCGUGUAGUUCAAUGCAAGGGAUGUUGCAACGGCUGAAGAAUGAAAAAGAUUUCGACUUGAUAAUAUGCGACGCCGACCUUCCUGGUCUCGACGUUAGCAAAUUUCUCGCCUACGUCGCAACUGUGAUGAAUCUUAGAGUAAUAAUGAUGUCCGUCAAUGGGUCAGAAAGCAAGGUGAUCCAAAUGGUGGAUGGUAUUUGUUCAUUUUACUACCCGAAGCCAAUCGAGGAGAAUCAAGCGAGAUACUUGUGGCAGUAUGCGAUCGGGAAACAAAAUCAGCAGCAGCAACAGCCCAAAUUGGUGACUGAAGAGCAGCAUGGACAUGAAUUCGUCCAUGCAGGUCCCUCGCCGUCGUCGUCGUCCAAGAGAAAAAGAAAUGACAGAGAAUUAAGUAGUAAUGAAGAAAUACCGUACGCAGAGUCUUCGUCCAAGAGGGAGAAACGGUUAUGGAAUGACGAGCUCCACAGCAAGUUCUGUGAAGCAAUACAACAGCUGGGAGGAAUCGACGAAGCUACGCCAAAGUUAAUAGAGAAGGCCAUGAAUAUACCAGGGUUGACAAGGCAACAUAUCUCGAGCCAUUUGCAGAAAUACCGCCUCAAAUUAAAGGCCGGAAAAGAAGCUACUAAAAAGAAGCACAAUCACUUUGAGAGAGUACUGUCUUCCGAGAUGAUUCAGAUUCAGCCUCAGCCUCAGCGUGCGUUCCAACAAGAAGAAAAUAGGAAUGCCUAUUCAAUUUCGGAGAAUAUUCUUUCGGUAACUAAAAUCGGCUUAGAUGGGCGACCUUGCAGUACUACGACUACUACGAUGCCGAUGCAGCAGAAUUCAAUGAAUCAAAGGAUAUUGUAUCCUUACAGUAGUCAGAUGGCCCCUUGUAAUGUUUGGUCGGAUGCUUCUCCGUCCUACACCAAAGACGACUGCCCCCGACUCCAACUCCCGACCGCUGAUAAUGUAUCAUCGGAUCAGCCAUCCUGUCCGGUGGUGCAGUUGCCACCAGCAGCUUACGAAGCAGAAGCUGUUACUUUGGAUGAAAUAUUUAGUGAUGAUUCAGCGACAGCGGGCAAUAGAGUCAAUGAUUCUGAUGUCGGAGAAAUGAUCAAGGAGCUAUUAAAUGAUCCUUCGGAUGAUGAGAACGCUGUUGCUGCUGCUGCCAGUACCCAAUUAGUCGAACAGAAUACUACGAUGCAGAUGGAGGUGCAGCAGAAUUCAAUGAAUCAAAGCAUGUACCCUUACAGCAGUGACAUUCUUUCUGAUCUGCCCGACCAUUUAGUCGAGGAAGAAGCUUGCCAGAAACUAAUGAAGGAACUGUACAAACUAUUGUAG